AUGGAUUACAAUCAGUUGAAGUCACUGGUAGUCGGGCACGCCGCGCUGCCCGAGCUAAUCCAAGCCAUCGACUUGCAAAGUAAACCCCGACAGCUGACGUCUCUGCUCGAUCUCGAAAUCAAACGGAAGCAAGAAGCUUUACGUGACUUACAGGCGUACCGCAAUUUCCUGGCCGCUCCCAUCUCCGUGCUACCCCCCGAAAUUCUUGCCGACAUAUUCUACCUCUAUGCGAGCAACGGGUCAUCAAACGCCCUAUACGACCUGUCAUGGGCCAAGAUCAUGUUGGUCUGUCAGACGUGGAGAAAUAUAGGGCUCUCUACGCCUUCUCUGUGGAGCUGUUUGGAGUUCGACGGGGUAUCUCGUUCGAAACGACUUAUCACUCAGCUCCAGCGCUCAAAGGGAUGGCCACUCGACAUCAAGGCCCGUUUUUACGGCAGUACUUACGGCUCUGCUUACCAUGCUCUGGCUCGUGCUAAGCUUAUACCUCUCGAAUCCGCAAGACUUCGCUCGCUCGAUGUUUAUGGGAGCAGCAAUGCUUUAGCCUUGUUUCUUGAGCGUGUCAUACCGCCGAUGCCGACGUGUCCCAAUCUGUACGAUCUCAAAGUGCAUCAUACCACGACGGACGUACCUCAGGACGGGCUUGAAGAUGGGCUAUUCGUGCUGCGCCAUCUUGUGUCCGACGGAGUUCCUUCAUUAUCGUCUCUCCAUCUGUACGAUUUUGCCCCUCACUGGCAAAAACUACGUGGCUUGACGAAACUCGAAGUGGGCGGGUCAGGCGAUGGGACAUCUGUCAGCUGUGUCACCCUCCUCGAAUCGCUCUCACGCUGCCCCUCGCUCCGCUUACUGGAUGUUUCUCUUUCCACGGUCGGAGAUGCCGCCACUCGAGAUGACGCUCGGGUCUCACUGCCCUCGCUGCAGUUCUUGCGGAUCGAGUCCCAGCACAUGACGACAUGCUGCUAUCUGCUAUCCUUCCUGAGCAUACCUCCGGAUGCGUCGGUCAAUAUCCCAGUGACGACAACAUUCGAUGAAAUGCGACUUUCGCGCCUCCCCUCCUUACUACGCAAACACUUCAAAACCAAGGAUGCUCGUCGAAUGCAUACCAUAUCACUACGAGCUCGCUCCCAAGCGGAUGGAUGGCAGAUCAUUGACAUUGACAUCUUCUCCUGUGUCAAGCUCGAACGCUUACGGCCAUAUCUGUCUACACAUCCCGUGCGCGAAAUGCCCUACUUAUCGAUAUCCAUUGCGGAGAGCACCUCGAAUCAUUUGCGACGGGCCCUUGCUGGUAUACUGGAUGCGAUACCGGCGCAGGGAGUCACGCACAUUGAUAUUGCCGCCAGCGAUGCUUUGUCGAAGAAAACGUGGAAGACCAUCCUAUCGAUGCUACCCGCUUUGACGACCAUGAUGAUGCGUGUGGACGUCGCUGCAUCGCUCACUACCAUUGAUGCCCUUAAUUGGUAUUUACAGGCCAAGAGAAGGCGCCCUAUCUCUCAUCUAUUAUUGGAUUGCCUGUAUCUCGAUACAGGCGAAACCUCCGAGGAUAAUACACGCAACUUGCACAUCGCCCAGACGGCUUAUGCUGCAGCGGUCUCGCACGCUUCCAAAGUAAAGGCUUUGGGCCAAUCUAUGGACGUGAUUGAGAUAUCUGGCGGUCGCUGGAACAGUUCCGCGGAAGACGUCAUGCGCAAUGUGGCGCAAAAGCAUGUGUAUCGUCUUCUGACGACCGGCCUCAUCGUGGAUGGAUAUCUCUACAACAAGGAGAGCACCAAGUCAUACUAUCGAGAUCAACGAGAUUCCCUGCGCGUAUUAGGGAUCGACAGACGUGAUUGGGAGGCUAUAGAUGACUCGGAAGUUGAAGCGGAACUAGACGAGGAGGAAACAAAGAAGACCGUUCCGGACGGUAGCCCAGAGCUGAAAGGGGAUGAGGCUCUGGACGCGUCUAGUGUACUACGGAGCAUGUAA